CCUCCGUUCCUUGUUUAGCUAAUUAAAAUCGAAAUUAAGAUAAACAUCUUGUACACAAAUUAGAAAGAUCUUGUACAUGUACUAGUGGUAAAGUAUUAUUAGUACACCUUAUAUAAAUUAGAUCAACAUGUCUGAAUCAUACGAGUACCUAUUUAAAUUCUUAGUAAUAGGGAGUGCUGGGACAGGGAAAUCAAGUCUUCUGAACAAUUUUAUCGGAAAUAAAUUCAAAGAAGAUAGAUGUCACACUAUUGGUGUUGAAUUUGGUUCCAAAAUUGUAAACAUAGGAGGCAAAUCCACGAAAUUGCAGAUUUGGGAUACAGCGGGGCAGGAGAGGUUCCGCUCUGUAACUCGAUCUUAUUACCGUGGUGCAGCUGGUGCCCUGCUUGUGUAUGAUAUUACAUCUCGUGACUCAUUUAAUGCCCUCGCCAACUGGCUGAGAGAUGCUCGAACACUUGCCAGUCCGAACAUAGUAAUACUGCUUGUUGGCAAUAAGAAAGAUAUGGAAGAAUCAAGGGAAGUGACAUUUUCAGAAGCUAGUCAAUUUGCACAGGAAAAUGAGCUUAUGUUCUUGGAGACAAGUGCUAAAACAGGAGAGAAUGUAGAGGAAUCAUUUUUAAAAUGUUCUAAAACUAUUCUUGCAAAAAUUGAAACUGGUGAAUUAGACCCUGAGAGAAUAGGUUCAGGCAUUCAGUAUGGCACUGGCACAUCAAAGAGGCUGACCGCACCCAAGAAACCGGCUAGAACUUCAUCUGACUGUGCAUGCCGUGUGUAAAUAGGCCCUACUGAAGAAAGUUAUGACUAAUUCUGAGCUCUUGGAUGUGAUUUUUACUAUGAUUCUCAUAGUUACUUUAGGUAACAUUAAAAUACACUUACAGAUGGUAAAAUUAAGGCAACUAGUAGAAUACAUUCAACUGCAAAAUUAAAAAUAUUUAAUGGUAAAAGAAGCUUGGAUCCUGAAAUUAAUCUAAAUGUUGUAAAGAAUUUAUUAAUGCAUCAGACAAAUUUUACUAUAAAGUAAAAUUUCAAUAAAGUUAAAAUUUAUAUAUUGAUAUGUCUGAUUCUCUAACUUUUUGUGAAAAUCAGUUACACAUAGUACUAUGUCUUCGUUUGUGUUUUUGUUAUCAUAGUUGUGAGGUAUUUUGGUGUACCUAUUCAGUCUUUUAAAGCACCCCUACCACUGGUAUUUUAAUUCGCCAGUGCAGUAUUAAUGUAAGUGUAAUACAAGUUGUACUAUUAAAUUAUAGAAUGUAACAAAUGGGUAAAACAUAAUUUGUGAUUUGAAUACUUUACAUGGUACUGAUUGACUGUUACCAGAACUACAUUAUUGUUAUUAAAAAUGUUGUUAAUUGCAAAUAAUAAUCAAAGAAAAAAUUGCAAAUAUAAAUUUUCUUUCUGGCUAUAAUACAACUUCAUAUCCCAAAACAAGACUACACCUCUUUGUUACAUCCUAUACUUUUUACUGUUUGUUAAGGAAAUAUUUUUUAAUCAAAUCACCACUAUUUUUAACAUAGCACUGUU